GAAGAUCGAUUUGCUUUCCACAGAAAAAAACGUUAACAUCACGCCCCUUCAAAAGUGUCACUGUGUUGUAAAAUACAUUUGCUUUCAUCUUCUAUUCUAAUCCCAACACAGUACUUGCAUUUUCUGGGCAAAUAAAGCUUCAAUUUUCCUUCCAUAUUUUUCCAAAUCAUAGUGUAAAAAGUUCCUUACAUAUUAUCCAGAACAGUGCAAGAAAAUAUCUAUAUCACAAUAUAUUUUCUCUAGAGUGUAUAAAUUUUCAUAUUAUCAAAAAUAGUGCGAGAAAAGCUGCAUUAGAUAAUUGUGGCUUGGUGGGUUUUAGUUUUAUUUUGAGAAUUAUUUGGCUUGGAAUUUAGUUAAAGUAGGAGAAAGAAAGUGAAAAAGGCCAUUUCUUUUGGCUUUGAUGGAGCUCUGAAGUAAUUCUUACUCUCUCAGAUCAGCAACUGUUACAACUCAGAGAAUACUAGAUGGCGACGCUUCAAGAUAUAGGCCUUUCAGCAGCAAUAAAUAUUAUAUCUGCAUUGAUUUUUCUUGUGGCAUUUGCAAUUCUGCGGCUCCAACCAUUCAAUGACAGAGUUUAUUUCCCCAAAUGGUAUCUUAAGGGAUUAAGGCACAGCCCAACCCACUCUGGGGCAUUUGUCACCAAAUUUGUUAAUGUUGAUUGGAGGGCGUAUAUAAGGUUCCUGAACUGGAUACCAGAUGCACUAAAAAUGCCUGAACCUGAGCUUAUUGACCAUGCGGGGUUGGACUCUGCUGUUUAUUUGCGGAUAUACUUGCUAGGGCUGAAAAUCUUUGUUCCUAUAACAUUGCUUGCAUGGGCUAUCCUGGUACCUGUAAAUUGGACAAAUAACACUCUGGCAAAGUCCAACUUUACUUACAGUGACAUUGAUAAGCUUUCUAUUUCAAACAUUCCACUUGGAUCACUCAGGUUUUGGACUCAUAUUGUUAUGGCCUAUGCCUUCACAUUCUGGACCUGCUAUGUCUUACAAACGGAGUAUGCAAAAGUUGCAGCCAUGAGGUUGCAGUUUGUCGCCUCUGAAAAACGUCGCCCUGAUCAAUAUACGGUCCUUGUUAGGAAUGUUCCGCCUGAUGCCGAUGAAUCAGUUAGUGAAUGUGUGGAGCACUUUUUCCUGGUUAACCAUCAAGAUCAUUAUCUCAUGCAUCAGGGUGUUUAUGAUGCCAAUAAACUAGCAAAACUGGUGAAGGAGAAGAAGAGUAAGCAAAAUUGGCUCGACUAUUACCAGCUUAAGUACUCUAGAGAUCAGUCAAAACGGCCUAUGAUGAAGACUGGUUUCCUUGGCUGCUUUGGAGAAAAAGUAGAUGCAAUUGACCAUCAGACUGCUGAAAUUGAAAGAUUGUCAGAAGAGAUAGCUGAAGAGAGACAAAGGGUGAGAAAGGACCCAAAAUCUAUCAUGCCUGCGGCAUUUGUCUCCUUCAAAACGCGGUGGGGUGCCGCUGUUUGUGCACAAACACAGCAAUCCAGAAAUCCAACCAUGUGGUUAACAGAAUGGGCUCCAGAGCCACGUGAUGUAUUUUGGAACAACCUGGCGAUUCCCUAUGUUUCUUUGACAAUUAGGAGGCUCAUAAUUGCUGUUGUCUUCUUUUUUCUGACAUUCUUCUUCAUGAUCCCAAUUGCAUUUGUCCAAACCCUUGCCAGCAUUGAGGGGAUUAGGAAGAAAGCACCAUUCCUAAAAGUUAUCAUUGACGUACCUUUCAUCAAGUCAUUCAUCCAAGGAUUUCUACCUGGGAUUGCUUUGAAGAUCUUCCUCAUAUUUCUGCCGACUAUAUUGAUGAUUAUGUCCAAAUUUGAGGGCUGGCUAAGCAUAUCAGCUCUAGAGAGGAAGUCUGCAUCUAAAUACUACAUCUUCACUAUUGUGAAUGUGUUCCUCGGGAACAUAAUUGCAGGAGCUGCAUUCGAACAACUAAAUUCCUUUCUCAAUCAGUCAGCAAACCAAAUUCCUAAAACAAUUGGUGUCGCAGUCCCUAUGAAAGCAUCUUUCUUCAUAACCUACAUAAUGGUUGAUGGUUGGGCUGGUAUUGCUGGAGAGAUCCUAAGGCUGAAGCCACUUAUAUUUUACCACUUGAAGAACUUUUUCUUGGUAAAAACAGAAAAAGAUAGAGAAGAGGCAAUGGAUCCUGGAAGUGUUGGUUUCAACACAGGAGAGCCGCAGAUACAAUUAUAUUUCUUGUUGGGGCUUGUCUAUGCUGUGGUCACACCAUUUCUGCUUCCCUUCAUUUUGGUCUUCUUUGGCCUGGCAUAUGUAGUAUAUCGUCAUCAGAUUAUAAAUGUAUAUAAUCAGGAGUAUGAAAGUGCAGCAGCAUUCUGGCCAGAUGUUCAUGGACGUAUAAUUUUUGCUCUGUGCUUCUCUCAAUUAUCUCUACUGGGCUUGCUAAGUACAAAACAUGCUGCUCAGUCGGCCCCUUUCCUGAUUGCCCUUCCAGUACUGACCAUCUCAUUUCACUUAUUCUGCAAAGGACGUUAUGAGCCAGCUUUCACCAAAUAUCCUAUACAGGAAGCGAGGAUGAGAGAUACUUUGGAACAAGCAAGAGAACCGAACUUUAAUCUGAAAGGCUACCUUCAAAAUGCUUAUGUGCAUCCUGUUUUCAAAGGUGACGAUGAGGACGAAGAUGAGGACUUCAUGAACAAACUGGAGACUGAUAGCGUGAUUGUCCCCACAAAACGCCAUUCAAGAUUAAAUACACCAGUGCCCAGCAAAGUCAGCGCUGGCUCGUCUCCAUCACUUCCUGAUGCAGUUAUUCAUGAACAUUAAACAACAUAGAAUGUUAGGUUGGAAUAUUUCACUACUUUUUGCAUGAGAGUUCGAUCGUGGAGCUUCAACGUUAGCAAUGGCACAGAGGCCACUUUAAAUGGCAUAUUCGAGCUGGCUGUAGCUAUGGUUUACUUAGACCAUUGGCAUUGAAGUUCAGUGAAGAGUUGAAUGUACAACAAGACUGUAAAGAACUCCACUCUCAAUCAUUUAAGGUAAUUAAUAGGUGUAGCAUUAGAAGUUUUUGUACACUUGAGAAUGUUCAUAUUUUUAGCACUUGCUGGUUGUUUAAUACGGGGAUCUUGUAUACAAGCUUUGCAGGGGAAGUAUUUUUUUUCUUUUUUUCUAAUUGAUCCUAGUUAAAAAGAAACAAAAUCGGAUUUCUUGUU